GAAAUAUUCCUUUGAGUUUCAGCGUAUACAAGUUGACCUGACCAGACCACCCAAAAACAACACUUCUCUUAACACAAACCAAAACAAAAACUGGAUGUACGAUCACAUGCACCUGUUCCCCUCUAGCUACUAAUAAUAAAAUCCCUUCAAAAACCAACAUAAAUUUAACUGCCCAACUCACCUUCUUUACCUAGUUAAUUAGGGUAUUCAAUUAUUAUGGAAGGAGAAAGAUCAGCACUACCAAACUACGACCUACAAGUUUCUUUCACUACGCCGCAACCCAUCCAUGAAAUGGGAUUUGUUCAGUUUGAAGAAAACCAGGUUUUGAGUUUCUUGGCCCCAGCAGCUUCCAACUCUCAAUCACAAUCUCAGCCUCUUAAUACUACCAACUCUACUACUGCUACUACUACUACUGCCAUAGGGUUUAUUCAUAACGACCAGGUAGGGCCUUUAGAUCCCAAGGCUGUUAAUGACGAGAAUUGCACCGGUAACGAUGCCAACAAUUCAUGGUGGAGAAGCUCAUCCUCUGAGAAGGGCAAGGUUAAAGUUAGAAGAAAGCUUAGAGAACCAAGGUUCUGUUUCCAAACAAGGAGCGAUGUAGACGUGCUAGAUGAUGGUUACAAAUGGAGAAAAUAUGGUCAGAAAGUUGUCAAAAACAGCCUUCACCCACGAAGUUAUUAUCGGUGCACGCACAAUAACUGUCGAGUGAAGAAGAGGGUUGAACGACUUUCAGAGGAUUGUCGAAUGGUGAUAACAACUUAUGAAGGUAGACACAAUCACUCUCCUUGCGAUGACUCAAAUUCAUCUGAACAUGAAUGCUAUACUUCUUUUUAAUUAGUAAUUGUCAGCCAUCGUAUCCAUGAUUGUUCUUUUGAAGGUUUCUUGUAUUUUAUAUUCUAAGUUUGAUCAUAAGAACUCUAGAUCUGUUAAUGCUAUAUGGUUAAUUAGUAAUAAUAGAUCAGUAUCUAUCGUA